GGCUGAUAGCAGAGCUAUCACCGCCAAGUCUGUAAGAGCUCGGCUGACGGCUUCCUGAGGGACCAGGGAGUGAGGAUGGAGGAAGGCAUGAACGUCCUGCACGACUUCGGGAUCCAGUCCACACACUACCUCCAGGUGAAUUACAAGGACUCCCAGGACUGGUUCAUCUUGGUGUCCGUGAUCGCAGACCUCAGGAAUGCCUUCUAUAUCCUCUUCCCCAUCUGGUUCCACCUCCGAGAAGCUGUGGGCAUCAAGCUCCUCUGGGUAGCCGUGAUUGGAGACUGGCUCAACCUCAUCUUUAAGUGGAUUCUCUUCGGGCAGCGCCCAUACUGGUGGGUCCUGGACACCGACUACUACAGCAAUACCUCCGUGCCACACAUAAAGCAGUUCCCAGUCACCUGUGAGACUGGGCCAGGGAGUCCCUCCGGCCAUGCUAUGGGUACGGCAGGUGUAUACUAUGUGAUGGUCACAUCCACCCUCUCUAUCUUUCGAGGAAAGAAAAAGCCCACUUACAGAUUUCGGUUUUUGAAUGUCGUUUUGUGGUUGGGAUUCUGGGCCGUGCAGCUGAACGUCUGCCUGUCACGCAUCUACCUCGCUGCCCAUUUUCCCCAUCAGGUUGUAGCCGGAGUCUUGUCAGGCAUUGCUGUUGCUGAAACUUUCCGCCACAUGCAGAGCAUCUACAAUGCCAGUCUCAAGAAAUACUUUCUCAUUACCUUCUUCCUGUUCAGUUUCGCCAUUGGAUUUUACCUGCUGCUCAAGGGGCUGGGUGUAGACCUCCUGUGGACUCUAGAGAAAGCCAAGAGAUGGUGUGAGCGGCCAGAAUGGGUCCACAUUGACACCACCCCCUUUGCCAGCCUCCUGAAGAACCUGGGGACCCUCUUUGGCCUGGGGCUGGCUCUCAACUCCAGCAUGUACAGGGAGAGCUGCAAGGGCAAGCUUAGCAAGUGGUUCCCGUUCCGCCUCAGCUGCAUCGUGGCCUCCCUUGUCUUCCUGCACCUCUUUGACUCUUUGAAACCCCCAUCCCAAGUCGAGCUGAUCUUCUACGUCCUGUCCUUCUGCAAGAGCUUGACAGUGCCCCUGGCAUCCGUCAGUCUCAUCCCCUACUGCCUCGCCCGGGUCCUGGGCCAGCCAGACAAGAAGUCUUUGUAAAGACUGUGGAGCCUUCAGUAUUUAAAGUCAAUGACUGUGCCAAGGAUUGAGGGCAACUAGCGUCUUCUGCCAGCCCACUCUGGGGCCAGAAGUGCCAGAGUCUGCUAGGGUGACCCGCUUCUGCCUGUGCAUUUCUAAUUGUAUUGGGGGAUGUUUUUUGAAAAGCUAAUAAGGGUAUCUGAGAAUACCUUUGUCUGUUAGAAGUUGAGUAGUUCUGGGUUUUUCCCUGAAGCAUUUCUUGUUCUGCUGUCAGACAUGCAAAAGACAGACUUCCAGGCAGGGACAGCUCGGAAUCCCAGGUCGGAAAUGCCACGUGAGAAUGCUCUACCCGUGCUCAUUCUUACCCAGAAAAGGAGAAAAGAGAAGUGGAUUUAGUAGGAAAAGAAGGAUGGAUUAAAGGAGGGGUUUUUUAUAUCUGGAAUAUCAUUCAAACUAUGUCAAACGAUACCUAAGUGCCUUUGAUUGUACUUAAAUCUUCAGAUAAGGGACUCUCAAUAGUGGGGGACCAACUUAAGGUGUGACUAACAAGGCGUUACUGGGAUAAUUCUGCAUCUUGUAUUUUUCUAUUAUACGCCCAUGGUUGUUGUAUUUACUGGGAUCUCUGAAUGGCUGCAGUGGCCAGAACGUUCAGGCAGAGUCAGCUUCUACUCCUUCUCACUGGCUCUUCCUUCUUAUUAGCCCAGCUCUGUUUCCCCCAGAAUUUCCCACCGUCUCCCCCACCCGCCCUGCUGGAUACUCAGAUGCCUCAGGUGACUGCGUGGCAGUGCUUUUGUUAUGUUUCAGUUACGCUUUAAAAUCUGGGGCAAAAGGCAAGAAGAGGCAAGGGUUUCCCGCUCCAGAAAGUCACUCCAAUGUUACUUUUGACUCCUGGAGGGUAACCAUGACGCCCUUCCCUAUCCCAAGUGAACCAAGAGCACAUUCUUGGAAGGAAAGUCUCCCUGCCUGUUCUUCAGUCUCAGCUGAUUUGCAGAAUAUGUCCUUAAAAAAUGCUGAAGCCUAUUUAUUUGAGAGUCCUUGUUUUUGCUACUAAUUAUAUAGUUCCCCAUAUAUUAUCAUUCACACCAACCUUCCUGGUCAUAACAUCUUUGAAAAGAAAAAUACAUAUGUGCAGUAUUUUAUUAAAACAACAUUUUAUUUAAGAAUGAAGUCUUGUU